AUGGCGGCGGCGGAGCUGAGCGGCGGCAGUGAGGCCGUGGCUGUGGCGCUGUGCGCGCCSGGGGAGGCCCCGCCGGCCUUCCAGUACAGCCCCGAGAGCGUGCCCGGAGCAGACGGAGAGCUCGACCCCACUGAGAUCACCUUCCCGGGCUGUUCGUGCCGGAGCAGCUCCUGCGCUGUCUCCGAGUGCCCCUGUCUGUGCCGGGGGGAGAACUACAGCAGCCAGCGCCUGCGGCUGCCCGAGCAGGAGGAGGAGCAUUUCUCCAGGCCCGUGUUUGAGUGCAACAGCCUGUGCCAGUGCGGGGAGCGGUGCCACAACCGGCUGGUGCAGCGCGGGCUGCGGCUGCGGCUGCAGGUGUUCCGCACCCRGCGCAAGGGCUGGGGGGUGCGCACGCUGGAGCACAUCCCCCGYGGAUCCUUCGUCUGUGAGUACGCUGGGGAGGUGCUGGGCUUUGCUGAGGCACGGAGAAGAAUCCUGGCYCAGACACCACAGGACACAAAUUACAUCAUAGCCGUGAGGGAGCACCUCCACGACGGGCGGGUCAUGGAGACCUUUGUGGAUCCCACCCRCAUCGGCAACGUGGGCAGGUUCCUGAACCACUCGUGUGAACCCAAUUUGUUCAUGGUGCCUGUGAGAGUUGACUCCAUGGUGCCCAAACUGGCACUUUUUGCAGCCGCUGAUAUUUCUGCUGGAGAGGAACUUUCAUACGAUUACUCUGGAAGAUUCCAUAAUUUCCCAGAAASUAGCAGAGAACAAAAACCUCUGGAGGAGGAGAACAGCCUGAGAAAGCCUUGCUACUGUGGUUCCCGCACGUGUGCUUCCUUCUUACCUUGGGACAGCUCCCUCUUUUCCUCACCAGGAAGUUCUUCAUAGCCUUUCAGCCUUAAGCACACCGAAAAAAUAUUUUCUCUAAUAGUUGAAUAAAGCUCUCUGUGUUCCAACAUGUGGRUUUGAGAAGCAGUAAAGAGAGCAAGGUUUUCACAUAAUCUCAUGAACAUCCUACUCAAGGACUUUUGAAGGUGGGUAGUCCAAGGGAUUAUUGGAGCUUCAGGAUGUUCUAAAAUCAGUGACUAAGCCAGGCCUGGUGUUUUUGUCUGGUUUUCCUCUGACAGUUUGCCAUAUGCUAAAGCAGCUUCUAUCCUGCAGAAUUUGUACCUUUAGCACUUGUGCAUGGACAGGACAUGUGGCAGCAGCAAGAAAAGUCACUGAAAAUGGCACAAGAAAAUGACACCAUGAAUCAUCACAUUUGCAMGAGAGGCAUUMGAUUUCUUAAAAU